ACAAAAAUAGAAAGUAGCUUUAAAUCUAAAAACUUUUAUAAAAAAUAAAAUGAAAAUCAUUACAAUCAAAAAACCUAUUAAAGGGUAAAAAGCAAAUAGGAUUUUUUAAUUGGUUUUUCUUGCAUAUUUGAUAAAUUAAAUAUAUGGAAAUGCUUCAAAAUUGUAGUAAAAUGAGCUUAAUUCAUAAUAAUAAGAGACCUAACAAUCUCAGAAAAGUAAUAAUAUAUCAUAAAAAAUGUAGCUAACAAAUGUAGAUUUACAGAUUACUCUAUCUCCAAAUGAAUAAACUUAAAUUAAUUUAGAUUCACUUUUAGCAGACUAGGGUAUUUAAAGAGAUAAUUAUUAGUUUAGCGAUUUAUAACUUGUAAAUGAAGAGAGUUUUGAAGAAUAAGUAAGUGGUGAAAUAAGAACUGAAUAUUAUCGAGGCGAUAGAAUAUUGGAAGAUUUAACUUUAGAACAGAGCUGUUUGUAGUCUUCUCAAGUAAAUGAUGAUUAUCUAAUAAGCUAUUCAAUUGAUUCUAAUCUAUAAAAACUUGAUUCUUACUAAUUUCCUUUGGUAGUAGGCUUCCAAAAGCAUAUAUAAAUUCAGCAAACAAAAAUAAAUCUUUUUGUUUCGACUAAUAAGCUUUUAUUUACGGAAAAAUAUGAUGACUAACUUAAAACUUUUGUGUAUGAUAAACUUCAUUUUUAGCAAUGCCAUAGCAUUACUUACUUUAGUAAGGAUACAAGCAAUUAAGUUUUAGCAAAAACUUAUAGAUUUCUUGUUUUAGAUUGUGAUAUUAGUGAAAGUAGCCAAGCAUUUAUCAUAAUUAAUAUUACUUCAGUUACUUAGAUAGAUGAUAUAAGUGAUCGUAUCAUUUCAACUAGCAAUUAAUCAUAAGUAUGCAAAUUUAGGUAGCUCAUUACUAUGGUCUUUUAGGUUAAUGUGAUUAAUCAAAUUUAUAAAGAUUUAUUCAUUUAAUACUGUGUUCUAGUAAAUAAAACUGAAGAGCCCUAAGGUCUUUAUAUUCAAGAAGUUAAGGUAAAUGAUAAUGGUUAAUUAUAAAUAGAAUACAAGCAAUCAGUUGACAUCUAAAAUUUUGUAAACAAUCCUAUAGUUGCUGGUACAGAUGUUACACUAACAAAUAUGUUAUUCUUCUUUUUUGAUAAUGUUUAUUUUCGUGCUAUAGCAACAUAUUAUUUAUUGCUUGAUAAAGAAUUUAAACUUGUUCCUAUAUCUAACAAGAAUGUUUAUGGUAAUAAUUUUUCUACAGGAAAGUUUGUUUUGAUGUUUAACACAAACCCUUUAGAGAGAAGAAAUUAUUUAAUGUAUACAACUUAAGAGUUAGAAAGCGAUAAAAGCAAUGAUAAUUUGUACAUUUUGGAUAUAACCUAAGGUACGAAUAUAUAGUAUAUAAGCAAAAAGAUACUAAUUCCUAAUCAUAUAAUUGAUCAAACCCUUGUAACAAGAGAUUUUAUUGUAGUUAGAGGACACCUUAAUUGUACUAAUAAAAACAUUAUUUAAUGCAAAAAUCUACCGUAAGAAAACAAUAAUCAGUUUAUUGCUAUUUACAGCAUUAAAGAAAACAGAUAUAACAUUCAUUUUUAUAAGAUCUAUUAGACAUCAAAUUAACUACUAAUAGAUGGGUGCACUGACAAUUAUGUUGUCAAUAAUUUUAUGAUAAUUGACACAGUAACUGGAGUUAUAGAAAUAUAUUAAAUUAAUGACAACUAUCUUAAAUUAGCUGCUGGAGAAUUUACAAAAUAAACAAGUAAACUGCUCUAAUUUAAACUAAAAUAUAGUAACUUAAUAUAAUAAACUCCAGAUGAAGUAAAUACGAUGAGAAUAUUAAUUACUUUUGCAUAGACGAAAUAGAGCAUUUAACUAUCUGAUGAUGGAGUAGAAUUAUUUCAAGAAAAGCCUAUAAAGAGAGAUGAUUUAUAUUUUUAAAUUAGCCUGGAUAAUAUAAUUUUAGGUCCUUAGAUAGAGUAUUUGUUAAUAAAAGACUCUCAUUAGAACUAGAAGUACCAAGCUACAAUCAACAACUUCUUAAAGUAUGAUUUACUUUUAGAUUUAUCAGGGCGUUUCAAAGAUAUUCCAUACAGAGUUAUAUUAACUCAUGUGACAAAUGCCAACUUUAAUUAAAUUUAAAUUUUUACUGAAUUUUGUGAAGAGAAGAAAAAUUAUGAUAUCAUGUAUCACAUAUGCACUCUAAAUAAAGAAAAAUAAAAUCAACCUUGCUAACGUUAAUAAUUAGCUAAUGAAUUAACUUUUCCAGUGAAAUCUUUAAAGCUGUAUUAAUCUUCAAAUUAUGUUGGAUUGAUAGAGAAAAACGAUGCUUCUCUAAACAAUAAAACGCUUGUAUUUUUUUAUAAUGAUGGGAAAAACUACAAAUACACUGAAUUAGAUAUUGAUAAUAUUUAAGAUAUUGAUAUGGUUGAUUUACAGUAUGUAGGAAUAUUGAGACCAAAUCUUUAAGAAAUUAUUGUAAUCUAAAUAAAUGUAAAUCCAGAUAUAGAUGUUGACUAUGAAUAAGAAGACAAUCAAAAAAAAGGUUUUGGAAGUAUAGUAUCAUAUACUAUUGUAUCAAAGAUAGAUAUUGACUUUUUUUAUAAAUAAAUAAUUAAAUUCUCGAUGAAAUUAUUUCAAACCAGAUCAAUUAUUUUCAUACAUACAGAUGAUAAUAAGAUAAGGAUUUAAGGAGUUUUUUGGAAAAAAGGCUACUCGAACUCCCCUUUUAGAUUUGCAAUGAAUACAGUGAGUCAGUUAUAAUUAGAGGCAUCUAGCACAUGUCGUUUCACAGUUUUUAAUUACCCAAAUACUAUUAUAGUAUGUGUGAAUGAAUUCGGUGAAUCUUCAAUUAGAUAAUAUAUUUUAAAUUAAGAAAAAACAUUAGCCUUUCAAAGGCAGUUUAAUUUAUUUUAGUAUAAGAUUGGCGAAAACUAUCUUAGUUAAUCCUACAUAGAUAAAGUCUUCUUCUACUAAAAGGCAUAUUAUAUCGAUGUUGAUCAAAGGACAACAAUAGAAACUUUGCUUGUUUUCGACCCCUAAGAAAUUUCAACAAAUAUCCUAAAAACAACAGCAAAUUUAAAUAACAAAAUUUUUAACGUGCCAUUUGAUAUAGAAUCUACUUAUGGAAGUUACAUGCUAUACAGUAAUGGAGCAAAUAGUAACCAAGUGUAAAUUGUGUCUAUAAAUAAUAAUCCUAGUUUAAGCUUUAAUGUUAUUCCUUCUCCUCUGGCAACUUAUACAGAAGUUAAUUUCAACUUAACUUUUUAUGCUUUAUCAAAUUAUACAUAAAGCUCAAUAAUUCGUAACAUGGAGAUAUCAACUAACAUUAAGUAAUUUAUGAUUGUGGGAAAAUAAACAUAUAGUGGAUGGAGAAGAGUUAAUAGUGAAAACAGAUUCGCAUAAAUUAAUAUCCCAGAAGAUAUAUUUUCAGGACCUCUUAGAAAGAUAGUCUUACUUAACACUACAGAUAUUCAACUUGUCAAUGAAACUUAUAUAACUUAAAGUGAAUAAGAUUCUAUUGAUCCAAUUUUGCAGGGAGAAGAUAUCGUCCUUAGAAAUAGAUAUUAUAUAACUUUAAGCUAAUUUAUGAUCCAGAGCUAAUCAGAUAAGGAAAUGAGCUACGUUGAUGUUUAAAAGAAUUUGGGAUAAAUUAUAGAUUCUGCUUAUAACUAAUAAGAGGAUCUGUUUGUAUUUUUGACUCAAAAAAGUAUUCUAUUUAUGAGUGGUAGUCCUUCAGACAAUAGUAAGUAUGUUUAUGAGAAUAACUUAAACAAACCAAUUAAUUAUAAUUAUUCCUAAUGCAAUUUAAUUCACCAUAAAUAUUGGAAUCUUUUUAUAGUGAUUUGUAAAAAUUAAAAUUAAAAUUAAGAUUAUUAUGAAAUCCAUGCAUACAAUUACACUUUAGGUUACGAUACAACUUUAAAAAAUACAGCAAAAAAUGGAGGCUAAGAAAAUGAGAAUUCUUUUGAAGAUAAUUUUUAAUUAAACAGCAUUAGUAAUAUCUAAUCCAUAGAUACAUCAACUAGUGGAAUAAUUUAAUAGACAUAUUUAUCUUAAAAUUAGAAUACUCCUUAAAAUAUCGAUUAACUUUUACUAUUUACCUUGUCUAAGCUAGAUAAAAAUUUUUAAGAAACAGUUGUGAUUGUUUCAAAAAUAAUAGCUGAAUAGUUAAAUACUAAGUUUAUAAUUAAUGCAAAUGCUUUAAAUAGGAGAUUUUUAUAUCUGAUUGAUUUUAGUGUUUUAUAGUUUUCUUCUGAAAUUGAGAAAGAAGAUAUGUUUUUGAUAUCAUUACUUGCUAAAGAUGAAAUUAUUUUUGUAAUUUAUAGCUAAUAGAGAUAUAUCUAUAGAGCUUCAUAUAAAAUUGCUGAUUAUUAUGAUUCCCCAUAUCAAACUAUUGAUUUGUAUGAUGUUAAGUACAAUAAAAAGAAUGAUGGACAUUAUCUGACGAUAAAAUUUAUUUUACAGUACUCAAAAAAAGAUGCGAUUUAUGCUGAAAUAGAAAUGUAUACUAAAGUUUUAACCGAAAUACCUACUUAGUGGAAUUUAAGUGAUCCUAAAAUAAUUGAAAAGUAUAGUCAUUAUAAAACAUGCAUAGAGUAUUCUUCAAAACCUGUAGCAUUUUGGGACACUGAAGAUAAAAAUCUAUCACCAAAAUACUUAGCAAGAUCUUGCAUUUUUAAUUAGCUUCAAGCUUAAUCUUCAAUUGGAUCUGAAACUACAUCCAAAAGCUUUCACUUAAUUCUUUAUAGCAAUAAAGAAGGAAAGCUCUAAUCAACAUAGACAGUUAUUGAACUUCCCUUUUACAACUCUAGGCCCUCAACUAUAUUCUUUUAUAAUUAAAUAAUAGAUAAUCAGAAAUAAAUCCACAUGUUAGUGACUAGCUACAUCAACCUUUUCAUAGAUUACCUAAUUUAGAAUUCCUAUAGCAUCAAUUUAUAUUUUAAAGAUACUUAGUAGUAUCUAAUUAGUUAGAAAAGAAUAUUAGUUUAAGGUGAGAAUGAUCAUUUUAGAAAUUAUGCUCCUAUUGAUUAUUUUGUGAUAGAUUAUAUGAUUCAAGAGAAGUAACAGAGAUCUUAUUUAAUGCUUUAUGUGAAGAUUAUCCUUUCAUUAGGGAUGUUAAUUAUAUAUUUAGUACCUAUAAUUUCUAUGUAUUUGCAAAAGGUAAAAUGCUAGAGUAAAUAAAUAUAAAUGAAAGAAGAUUUAUCUCCUAGAUUUUAAGUUAUUCCCAAAAAGAAACUUUCAGAUUUUGUAGAUGACAUUAGAAAUUAGUCACCUGAAAACCCUAGUUUUCCAUUUGAAAAUCAAAGAUAUACAUAUGAACCACAUAUGAGUACACCUUCAUAAUAUGUAAUUAAUAGUAAUACAGAUGAUGAUAAAGAAGACAGUGACAAUGAAUUAUACUGAUGAUUUUAAUUAUAAAAAUGAGUACAUACAUACAGAAAUAAAAUUGAUAUUUAUAUUUAUAGUAUAAAAUUUGUUAGAAAAUGAAUAUUUUAUUAUAAUUAAUUAUCUUUAAAAAUGAUUGAAUAUUUACAGUUUAUUUACCUAUUAAUUAAUUUAUCAUUUUUAUUGGUUUUGUUAUGGAUAACUUAGAGUUCG